AUGGAGGGUCAGCCAGGUGCAGCCGCAGAAGACACCGCGAAUGCUAUAAUUGCCACAUUGAAUGCGUUAAGGGCUUCCGUAGAAGAGCUUAGACAAAGCACUGCGGAGAGUCAAAGAGACAUCAUUAGGCUUCGCGAAGGCAUGCAACCACAGAAUGUUCCAGAACAGAGCGUGCAGCCAGCACAGCGUGACAAUACUCAAGCCGCCAUAUCACCGACCGACUCGCAAAUAAAACUUUACGAUUUGCCUGUGUUCAGCGGCAAUGUCGAAGACUGGCCGCUAUUUUUCGCGAAUUUCAACGACACCACGGAAAACUUUGGAUACAGCCACCGCCAAAACCUUAUGAGGUUGCAGAAGUGCUUAGUUGGUCCCGCCAAAGAAGCUGUCGCCGCCAUGCUAAUUUACCCGAGCAACGUGCCGAACGUCAUAAGCGAGUUGGGAGUUCAGAAUUUCCCGCCAAUAUCCGAUAAUAAGCCGGAGCAGAUUGUACCGUUUUCCUCAAGAGUGAGAAAUGUUGUUGCAUUUCUGAAGUCUGCAAAUUGCCAGCAGCACUUAGCUAACGUAACAUUGUUAGAGCAAAUGGUGGGUAAGUUACCGCAUACCCGACAGUUCGACUGGGCGAAGCAUGCUGCGACUAUACAACCGUAUCCAUCAGUUGAACAUUUUUCUGAGUGGCUUAGCGAGUUGGCUAGAAUAAUUUGUCUUAUGCCGACAAACAACACACAGGGUGGCCGGCAGACUGCAUCGUCGGGCAAUCAUCGUCGGCUGAUGCAUAUUGAGCGGCCAAGGGACUCACUUGCUUGCUAUCAGUGUAGUGGUAACCACAUGCUUGCACAGUGUGAAUCGUUUAAGGCAAGCAGUAUUCAAGAGCGGUGGGACCUGGUUAAGGCGCAACAGCUUUGCUUUUCGUGCCUACGCAAGGGGCAUUCCACGCAAAAGUGUCGUUCAAGAAGGAGGUGUAACAUAAGUGGCUGCCAGGGCUAUCACAACCAGCUACUCCACAACGAAGAUGCAACAAUGCAGAUGCUACGCCGAACUACACCAGAGGACGUCAUUGCGCAGCCACUACUGAAUUGUCAAGUAACACAAAGCGCACAUGGUCAACUGUUUAAAAUAUUGCCAGUCAACAUAUAUGGACCGAAAGGUAAGCGUGAGAUAUUAGCGAUGUUCGACGAGGGUUCGUCAAUUUCAAUAAUGGAAGAGGAAGUGGCCAAGAUGAUCGGAGCCCAGGGUGGCUUGCAUCCACUUACGCUGCAGUGGUAUGACAACAACGUUGUUACGGAACAAUCGCAUAAAAUCAGCAUCGAAGUUGAGAACUGCGCAACGAAGAGGAAGUUUCUACUGAAGGAGGUAUAUACGGUGAAGAACCUGAACCUGCCUAAGCAAUCUAUGGCCAAGGAAAAUUUUCAGCAUUUGAGAGAUUUGCCGAUAAAAAACUACAGUCGCGCGAAACCAGCUUUGCUCAUCGGGCUAAAGCAUGCACACCUGGGUGCGACCUCAGCAACAGUGCAAGCCGACAUCGACAGCCCGCUAGCUGUAAAAACGCCACUAGGCUGGGUCGCGUACGGCCCAACCAAGCUACCUACAACCUUGAACCCCCGUGAUUUGUUGGUGAAAGAAUAUCAGCAACUGCACGACUUAGUACACGAGUACUUCACAGCAGACAGCUUUAGAGUUAACCCGCCAGCAGUGCCAUUGGAGUCAGAUGAAGACCAGCGAGCACGUGAGAUAUUGCGCCGAACAACAAGACGAGUAGGUAAGCAAUAUGAAACCGGUUUACUGUGGAGAACAUAUCCACCGAAGUUGCCAAACAGCAAAACAAUGGCCGAGAAACGCUUACUGACAGUGGAGCGCCAAAUGAAGAACGAUGCCGAGUUUGGUGCACGAUACCGACAGGAAAUGGCUAAGUACGUGAGCAAAGGGUAUGCCAGAAAGUUAAGCCGUGACGAAGCCGGAGAGCCACAUCAAAAUGCUUGGUACUUACCUCACUUCGCUGUAUUCAAUCGACAUAAGCCCGAAAAGACGCGACUCGUCUUUGACGCCGCAGCCGCAAUAAGCAACGUGUCACUCAACUCGCAACUAAUGAAGGGUCCGGAGCAAGCACAGCCGUUGAUACGGAUUUUGCUACAAUUUCGCCAAGGACGUGUCGCAGUGUCAGCAGACAUACGCGAAAUGUUUUCGCGGAUCAAGAUACGCGAAGCUGAUCAGCACGCUCAACAGAGUAUGUGA